GAGCUGCUGAGUGGGAACGCGUGUUCCGCUUGCAGAAGCGCGCUGUGCGCACUUUGGCCCGCGCCAAGCAAGACGACAGCGCCAAGCCCUACUUCAUAAAACUAGGUAACAAUUAAACCGAUAUCGGAAUGAGGCGAAUAACAAAACACCUCGUAAUUAUGGCGGCGCUUACCGUCGCCCAGCCGGCUAUCACCGGGAAGUACGAUUACAGCGUCAAGUAUUUCCACGCGCCAGUGGUUACCAACAUCUGUGAAAAUGACAACCGCGACAGACAGGCCUCAGUCAUGUGCCACUGUGAUACAACCAGACCAAAAAUGGCCACUAAAGCAGAUUGCUUCAUCUUCACUGAAGUGACCCCAGAAGACCCCAUCUGGCCAAAUUUUUCCUUCCAGCCAGGAUUACUGCAUCUCGUGUUCAACGAUCGCACAGAUCAUAAAGCUCUAACAUUCAUUCCUGCCAAAGCCAUCGUUAGACUUGUAAGACUAAAACAACUAUCUAUACAAUUUUCAGUGAUACACAACAUACCACCUUAUGCGUUCGCCAACUCUUCAUCUAUUAGACAAAUCAGUUUAAAAUCCAACAAAAUAUUUAAUCUGGAGAGACAUUCCUUCGCACAAAUGAUGAUGUUGUCAGAUCUAAAUUUAGACGAUAACUAUAUAACCGAAAUAAGACGAGAUGUAUUUUUCGGACUACCUAAUUUACAUAUCUUACACUUAUCAAACAAUAAUCUAAGUUUGAUUCACGAGGGGUGCUUCAAGCAUCUAAACAAUUUAAUAGAGUUGAAUCUGGAUGUGAAUUACAUAUCAGUAGUUACAAAGGAAAUGUUUGAAGGACUGGAGAAGUUGUCAAGUUUAAAUUUAAGGAACAAUCUUUUGACGAUGAUUGGAAAUUUGGCAUUUUCGGAGAUGUGGGGAUUAAAAGAUCUAAUGUUGGACAACAAUGCUAUUAAAUAUGUGGCAGAUCGUGCGUUCGGAGGUUUGUCGCAGCUGCGAAAACUGACGCUCUCCGGAAACAAACUGACGGUAUUCUUCAGUAACAUUCUUAAAGAAAGAAGCACCCUAAUAGUAUUAGAUUUGAAGGACAACCUCCUGGAAACAAUGUCUUACGAAGCCAUCAGGCCUGUCAUCGAUAACGGGAAAUCCAGUCCAAAAGCGGUUUACUUAGAUGGCAACCCUUUUCGGUGCGACUGUCGUCUCGCCUGGAUCUACCGUAUAAGAAACAAGACCCAGGACAAUACCCUGAAGCGCGCCCUCGAAAAUAUAUCGUGUCUCAUGCAUGCGGAGAAGAAGCAAGAACAUAUCAAUAGGCAAAAAGACAACGCUGUCGAAAAUUACGACGAAGACUAUUACGAUAUGAAGGAAGAUAACGUAAAUAAGCCAUUAAUCGCCCACUGCUGAGCAUAGGCCUCCCUUCGUGUACGCCAC